UGCAUGGCCCGGGGAGCGGGGUGCGCCGCUCCUGCGGCGGGAGGAGAGCCAGUCCGCGAGCGGGCGAAAGCGGGUGCCGUUCCGCCGGCGCCCUGGACAAGAGCGUCUCCUGCGGGGGGAGCGCAGCUUCCGCCAACGGGCGCGGCAGAGUGGCCCUGGGAGGCGCCACCAGGCCCUCCGGAUGCCGCCGGCUCCGCCCCGGCCUCCCCGAGCCGCCCCCGCCGCCAGCCACUCAGGAACCUUCCAGAGGCGCGGUGCCCAGCCCAGCCCGAGGGCGGGCGGACCGGGGUCUCCCGGCUCGGUCGCUGGCCGCCGGGGCAGCCCCUAGAAUGGGGAGAGCGCAGGUGCUUACAAGGCACUGAGGAUCCAAUGAAGAAUAAGAGAUCAAGCUCUAACACAGCUGUGUUUAAGCGCCUCUCACCCAGCCAGAGAGGUAACUCAAAUCGCGUGGGAGGAUGGCCUCCCACAGAGGAUUCACAUUUUUUUUUCUGUGAUGGAAUGCUUGAGAGCACUCAGAAGGAUACCUGGUAACCUAAGAAGUCCCUGGAAUUUUUGUUGAGUGAUCACAUGUCAACAGAAGAGAGAAACUCUGCAGUCUGGGAAACAAAACAAAUCUACAAUGUCAUGAGAUCUUCACCAUCUCUCAAGUUCUUGCUGUUGGUAAAUCUAAUUUAGGAGGGAAAAGGAAAAGAAGUACUAUUUUCUG